AUGCAGGUGCAGUCAGUCCCCCUCGGCUCCGUCACCAUCGGACCGCAGUCUUGGCGCGAUGACACGGUCGGAUCCAUCCGGCGGGCGGAGCGCCUGGUGCGGCAGACUCGGGCAGGGCGGUCCGGGACCUUCAGCCUGCCUCAGAGCCGCAGCGCUUCUGCAGGUUUAACUCCAAAGAACUCUCACAGCACAGCAGAAAUGACCCAAGAUAAGAUCGCAGGAGGAGAAUCUGAGCAGAGUCGUGACUGCAUCUGCACUAAUAAGAUGUCCAGACCCCAAACUACUGGAUCAAUGUUCCCUGGUGGCUCCCAGAGGACAUUUGUAGCCCCGUUCCCUCCUUCCAGCAUGCGUGAGCAGUGUGCUGGCGCCAGUGUUGCCAUGGCCAGUGAGUACAUGCGGAGGGUGAGGGAGGUGGAGGGUCAGCUGCGCAGGCAGGCCGGCAGGGUGAGAGAGGAAGGCAUCAAGCUGGAGAGAGAGAGGGGUCACCUGGAGAGGAUGCUGCACAGCCUCAAGACUCAUCUGAACAUCAACAGGAGGAGCUCUGAGGGUAGGACCAGGAGGCCAUCUACAACAGAGACAGAGAGCGAUGGUGCUGAUUACUUGUUGCUUUGUGAGAGACGAGAGCUGGCCCAGUUGAAACAGGAUCUGGAGGGAGCGCUUAGAAACACGCUGACCCAGCUACAGGCCUUGGGUCAAAGUAGUAAAAAGCUGCAGGACUGUGCCUGUGAGAGGGCUCGAGUCCUGGAGCUGCUGCCCCUCAGUGGCUCUGCUGGAAAGCAACACAGCUCUGCAGAGACCUUCACCAAAACAGACCCCAUCAGCCCCUUUACACCAGAAUGUAAGCAAGUCUUAGAAGAGUCCACUUUGAUGGUCAGCCAGUCACAGCUGCUGAGAGAAAACAUCAGACGAAUGCUAACCAGCGCCAUCAGCAGGCAGAAAGCUGUUCACUGCACUGUCAAUGAUGGGCUGGUGAAGAAAAUUGCAGAGACAAUCAGUCUGCAGCAAAACUUGACUCUGAUGUCUGCAGCCACCAGACAGGCCAUGUUUCGUAAGCAGAGAGAAAUCAACUGCAUUCGUCACAGCCAUGACAGACUGCAGGGUCCAGAAUACUGUGGUGACCUACUCUCCAGGGAGAAACUAAACAGGCCUCUGGUGCAGGUUUAUCAGAGACACCCUGGGACACAGUUACCCGAGGCAGCAAAUCUCAUACAGGGCAGUGCCAUGUUGAAGCGAUGUCUAACCUCCUCUGAGGGGCAGCUGGCGAGGCUGCAGCGUACCUGUCUGCAACUGUUGAACAACCAGCACGGAAAGACAGCAGCAGCUCAGAUUGAUGCAGCCAUCAUCCGCAUGAGGAGGCAACAAGUGGACAAGCGUGCCAUGCCAACUUUUCUCCAGCAGGGGGCGUGCUAAAGCUAAAUAGAGCAGCCAUGUUCAAAUUCAUUGGUGCAAUGAUAAUUUACAUUUUAGCUCCAUGAAUUCAGCCCUUUAUACUCCCAUAUAAUACAACCCCAGUUCCCUAAAAAGAUGG